GGAGAUAAGGAACUUUGAGAGUUCAUUCAAGUUGAGUUUUCGUCUAUUCUGUGAGAUUUUCAUUCGUUACAUUCAAUGACAGAUAAGAAGAAUAAUCUCCAUUAUAUUGAGUUUGUUCGAUUUAGUCUCUUUUGAGUAAUUGACCCAGACGUCUCGUAAAUAUUUUGUAAAAAUAGGUUCCAUGAAACGGAAAAAUGAACAACAAAAUCCGGAUUAUGUGCUUUUUUCCGUUGAUUUUGUCGGUAAUUGUGACAAUUAUAUACCAUGAAGUCAAUAAGGACCCUCCAAUUGAUUAUGAAGAAUACCAAAAAAUGCCUCCCUUGUACUUAAUGGAUGAUUACGAUGAUUGUAUGAAAGGCCAAAAAGGCGCAAAAUAUUGUGUUGUGAAUAUUUUAAUUGAAAAAGAUGAAAAAUCCGACGUAUGGAGACAAAUUGAAGAAUUUUCCGCAGACUAUAAGCAUCAUUUUAGACAUGACAUCCUCAAAUAUGGCUUUUGUUUGGACCGGAUUAGACAAAAUUUAACAAAUUUCGAUGUUACAGAGGCAAAUGGAAGUUCAAAAAUGAAUUUUAAGAUUGAUGAAAUUCAAUUCAGACAACUUGGAAAAAUUUUAAAGGAAUUUUCUUUCGAUGCUCAAGACGAAAAGGACCUGGAAUUGUACGUGAAGCAUAAAUUUCGCACAGAAUAUGCCUUGAAUGCAUAUGCCAAUGUCAGUUUUUGCAUCUCCAAUGAUGCUGAAAAGCAAGAAAAUGAUUCUAGUUAUUUUGGAACAAAUUUUCUUAUUAAGUCACUUAUUGUUACCAUAAUUUACGUAAUAAUUAUCGCUACUGUUUUCGAUUUGUGUCGCAAUCAAAACAAUUUAGUAUAUCCUACUGAUUUUUGUUCUUGCAUCUCAUUACGAACGACGCUAACUCGUCUCUUCAACGAUCCAAGCAAUUCCAAUCAACUCGGAGCUCUCAACGGAAUAAAAGUUGUCGGAGAAGCGGGAGUUGUUGUCGUUCACACAGCUUAUAUUUUGUUCGUUUUGCCUUCUGGCAUCCCGUUUUCGAUUGAAUCACAAACUUAUGGAGCAAUAGUUCCUAUUAUUCGGAGCGGAGUUUUUCAACUUCAAAAUUUUUUCGCAAUUACGGGUUUUUUGUCGUUUUAUCCGAAUCUUAAAAAGAUCCUGAAAGGUGAAAAUGUGACACUCAAAGACAUACAAUGGAUGAUUUUGAAGCGAAUUUUUCGUCUUUGGCCUGCGAUGAUCUUCGUGAUGCUUGUUACAGCGACUUUUUUGUUUCGCAUUCAAAAUGGACCGCUGUGGAUUGAUCUCGCGAGUGGCGAAAUGUUGAGUUGUCGUCGUAAUUGGUGGACAAAUUUAUUAUUUGUAAAUAAUUUUGUGGCAGCAGCAACAGAACCGUGUCUUCAACAUACAUGGCACUUAGCAGCAGAGAUGCAACUUUUUGUCGUUGAAAUUUUGAUAAUAUUAAUUUUAACUCGUUUUCCUAAAAAAGUUGGAACAAUCCUCGCAAGUGUAACUUUGCUUGGAAAUUUUUUUACAACAACUGCCUUUUAUAAAUCAGGAAUCAAUGGAUUAGUAUUAGGAACAGUUGAGACAACUAGAAAUCGAAACAGAUUUGAUGCAGAAUUCCAACUUGGGCACAUUCCUUUUUACACAAAUUUCCCUGGAUACUGUCUUGGAUUGCUUGCUGCUUAUGUUCAUCAUCAAAUUAAGCACAAAAAACUUGAUUUGAGUUCUAUUAGUAAAACAAAACUUCGAAUUUGGUACGUUUUGUUCUUCUUCAACGCUCUAAUUUUACUUCAUCAUUCAUAUUACGUUGGAAUUGUUGAUAAACCUUCACUAAUAAUGGCGAUUUACUCAACUUUUUGCAAGAAUGUAGGAGCUAUCGUUACAUUUACACUUUUAAUUUUAAUGGGAAAUCCCGAAAUUUCCUCACAAAAUCUCCCUCAAAAGCUAAUGGGAGUUACAAACGUUCCAUUAAUUGACAGUUUGCUGCUCAAACUAUACGAAUUUUACAAUCAUCGCAUGUUUAAAGUUCUUGUGAAGCUCAAUUUGGGAGUUUUUCUCGUGCAUCCUUACGUUGCUGGAUGGAUUGUUACUGAUGGAAGACACCUUGUGAUGUACGGAAAUGCUUUCGAUGUCGCUUGGAUCGGAUUUUCAACACUUAUCGUUUCAUACUUCAUCGCAACGUGGCUUUUUCUGUUCGUUGAAAUGCCCGCAAUUAAUUUAUUUAGAUUUUUCGCGUACAAGAAACCCGCUGAAAUUCCUAAAAAACUUAAAUGAUCCUCAUAAAAAGUUAAUUUAUUUCUAUAUUAUAAUUUUAUUAAGCAAUCGUUGUGCAGUACAGAUUUGUUCAUCAACUUUAUUUUUAAGACCUCUAUAUUUUGUCGCAAUAUUAAUAAUUGAAACAAUUUAUAUUCAAAGCUUCACAAUCUGAUUAAUUUUUUUAU